UCUACUUUGUUUCUCACCUUUCAGUUUCCAGACUCGUUUAUGGGAUCUCCGCCGAUUAGAAGUUGGAUCUUCUCUUGACAAUCUUGCACAACGCCGAGUAGUAAUUUCUGCAUAUUUCUCUCCGCAUACCGGGAGAAAAAUCCUCACUACGGCACAAGACAAUCUAAUUCGUGUAUGGGAUUCAAUAUAUGUCAACAUGGAGUCACCAAGCCGUGAAAUUGUACAUAGCCACGAUUUUAACUGCCAUUUGACUGCUUUUCGAGCUGAAUGGAUCCCAAGGAAUUCAACUUCGACAAGUUGGAGGUUGAGACUGAUGCAAAAUCUUUGGUUUUCAUGCUUGACACUUCUAGUCUCAAUCCUCAUCCACAUCAUGAAUUGGCAGUUCUUUUGUCUGAUGUUGCUGACUUGCUAAAAAGGAACUGGUCUGUCUCUUUCACUCACAUUCCAAGGUCUUCAAAUAUGGUUGCUCACAUGUUGGCAGUUUCGGUAAUGGAUAUGGCUGUGGGUCACCAGUCGCAUCUGAUGAUCCCUCCUAGUGUUAAGAAGUGGUAUGAAUCUGAUCUUCAAGUUUCAAACCCAGUGGGUGACUGCUCUACCUCUACUGAUGUGUAGUUGUUCUCUUAGAUGAUGAUGUUUUUUGCUAGUUUAAUGGAUUUGCUAACCAGGGCACAAGUGGAUUCGAAGAAGUUCCUUUUGUUGUGUUUGUUGUAUGAUAUAGGCUUCUUUCUCAUAUAUAUAGCAAUGAUUUGUGUUAGUUUUAGCUAUGGGAGCUUUAAGUAGUGGCCUCCUUAGAGGGGCCCUGAUUUGGGAAUUAAGUCCUACUUUUGUAAACAUUAAGCUAAUUUAAUAUACGAAAAUGAUAAAGGUCGCAACAUGCGACCUUUAAGCCGUGUCACAAUGAUGACAUGGCAUGCUUAUGUGUCAUUAUUUAAAUUGAAAAAU